UCUGAACAAAGGAGUAAAGCAGCCCCCUUUACUGGGGGGCCUUGGCCACCCCCUGGGUAGAACCUUCUUCUUUCAGGAGUGGCUUCCUGAGGAGUUCGUGGAGAGAAUCUCCCAGCUGGACACCCAGUCGCCUGUUACCAAGAUCAAUGUGGCUGUCGACAGGCUGCCUGACUUCCUGGCGGCCCCCAAUGCUCCCAGGGGCCAGCCGCUGCCCCAUCACCAGUGCUCCAUCCACCUCAACUGUGAGGACACUCUCCUUCUCCAUCGGGCUUUUGAAGACGCCAUGGAUGGCCUGCCUUCCCACAGACCUAUGAUUGAGCUCUGCAUCCCUUCCUCGCUGGACCCCACGCUGGCUCCCCCCGGCUGCCACGUCAUCUCCCUCUUCACUCAGUACACGCCAUACACACUGGCUGCAGGCAAGGUCUGGGACGAGCAGGAGAGAAACGCUUAUGCAGACAGAGUGUGUGAUUGCAUUGAGGCCUACGCCCCUGGCUUCAAGGGCUCCGUGGUGGGCAGAGACAUCCUCACACCCCCUGACUUGGAGAGAGUCUUUGGGCUUCCUGGGGGGAAUAUAUUCCACUGCGCCAUGGCCCUGGACCAGCUGUACUUUGCCCGCCCUGUGCCCCGGCACUCCAGCUACCGCUGCCCUCUCCGGGGCCUGUAUCUCUGCGGAAGUGGGGCCCAUCCUGGAGGAGGUGUCAUGGGAGCCGCUGGACGCAAUGCAGCUCACGUGGUCUUUAGGGACCUCAGGAGCAUGUGACCCCAAACCAACUCUGACCCAGGAAGAUGAAUUCACCCUUGAGAUGUUAAGUCUCCAUUGGAUGAGCUUCCCAGGAUACUGCUUGAGGCAGGCAAGUCCUCAAGGCUCAAACCACUAUUCUAGAAAAAACUUACAAGUUAAAUUGGGUCCUAGUUAACCUCGCAUCUAUGGCUUCUUGAAUGAACUGGUUUUGUUUUAUAU